GGGCCCACCAGCUAGUCCUGCCGCCGUGUGAUGUGGUGAUCAAGGCUGUGGCCGACUACGUCCGCAACAUCCAGGACCCCUCGGACUUGGAUGCCGUAGCUAAAGAUGUGUUCCAGCAUUCUCAGUCUAGAACAGAUGACAAAGUUAUUCGAUUUAAGAGAGCAAUUGGAUAUUACUCAGCGACUAGUAAGCCUAUGGCAUUUCACCCAGCACAUUACUUAGCCAGACCAAAUCCGUUUGGAAUGCCUGGGAUCAUGCCGCCGUACGUCCCCCCCCAGAUGCUCAACAUUCCGCAGACCCCUCUGCAAGCAAAGCCUGUGGCCCCACAGGUGCCCAGCCCAGGUGCUGCGGGCCAGGGUCCUCACCCGUACAGCCUCGCUGAGCCGGCCCUCGCUGUGGAAACGAGUGGAAAGAGUCUGACUGAGCACAGCACCUACAGCAACAUUCCUCACGAAGGAAAGCAUACCCCGCUGUACGAACGGUCAUCCCCGAUCCACCCGGCUCCGGGCGGCAGCCCCAACCAUGUGGACUCAGCGUACUUUCCAGGGUCUUCUACGCCGUCGUCUUCCGACAACGAUGAAGGUGGUGGAGCAGCUGCAAAGUGAGUGGGUGCGGUGUAGCUGGUGCUUCCAGACUUGUGUCGGCUGCGUGAGGCCCGUCACAUAGCUCGGUCUCCCGGGAAGCCGCCUUCCAUCCUCCGGCGGCCGAGAGUUGUGUGCAGAGAGAGCUGUCAUUUGUGGUAGGAAGGGGACAUCU